AAGUCUUCCCUCUCCCAUUUAACCCCAUUUACACAUACGAACCAAAACCAAAACACACACCAACAACAAAAGCUUCAUCAACAUAAAUGCAUCGAACAACAUUUUCACCAUUCACUCACAUCCCAUUAAAACAAACAUGUACCUUAAAACCCACUCUCUGUUCCUCACCCUUUUCAUCUCCACCAUAAUCAUCAACACCGCCGCCGCCAUCACACCAGGCUCCACCCUCUCGGCCUCCAACACCAACCAAACAUGGUCCUCAUCCAGCAGCACCUUCUCCCUCGGCUUUGUCGCCGUCCAGCCACCCACCUCCCCUCCUUCCUUCAUUGCUGCCAUCGUUUACUCCGGCGGCGCCCCCAUCGUCUGGUCCGCCGGUAACGGCUCUGCCGUCGACUCCGGCGGGUCCUUCCAAUUCCUGUCCUCCGGCGCUCUCCGCCUGGUCAACGGCUCUGGCUCCACCGUAUGGGACUCCGGCGCUAAUCCCGGCGCCACCUCCGCCACCCUGGAAGAAAGUGGCAACUUGGUCAUCUCCAAUGGCACCACAACCCUUUGGUCUAGCUUUGAAAACCCUACUGAUACCCUCUUGCCUUCUCAGAAUUUCAGUGUUGGUAAGGUUUUGAAAUCUGGGUCUUACUCCUUUAGUCUUAUCAAAAGUGGGAAUUUGACCCUGAAGUGGAAUGAUAGCAUAUUGUUCUGGACUCAGGGUCUGAAUUCUUCUGUUAAUGUGAGUUUGAAAUCUCCUGUUUUGGAGUUGCAAUCUAUUGGGCUUUUGCAGCUUUCUGAUGCAAAUUUGAGUACUCCUGCUGUUGUUGCUUAUAGCAGUGACUAUGCUGAUAGUAAUACUUUGAGGGUGUUGAAGUUAGAUGAUGAUGGGAAUUUGAGGAUUUAUAGCACUUUGACUGGUAGUGGAAACCCUACUGCUAGAUGGUCUGCUGUUCAGGAUCAGUGUGAGGUUUAUGCUUACUGUGGGAACUAUGGUAUAUGCAGUUAUAAUGAUUCCAGCCCGGUUUGCGGGUGCCCAUCUGAGAAUUUUGAUAUGAUUGACCCAAAUGAUAGUAGGAAAGGGUGUAGGAGGAAGGUGAGUCUUGACAGUUGUCAAGGGACUGCAACUAUGUUGACAUUGGAUCAUGCUCAGUUCUUGACUUACCCACCUGAGACUCAGUCACAGGUUUUUUUUAGUGGAAUAUCAGGAUGUAGAGGAAAUUGUCUUUCAGGAUCAUCUGCCUGUUUUGCUUCUACCUCGUUGUCAGAUGGCACGGGACUAUGUUACCAGAAAAGUGUAGAUUUUGUCAGUGGAUAUCAUAGUCCUGCAUUACCUAGCACUUCUUUUGUCAAGGUUUGUCCGCCGCUUGUUCCAAAUCCACCACCCUCUUCCGGGGAGACUGUGAAGCAAAAGAGUUCGAAGGUACCAGCUUGGGUUGUAGUGGUUGUCAUUUUGGGUACCCUUCUAUGUUUGGUUGCCUUGGAAGGUGGUUUGUGGAUGUGGUGUUGUAGGAACAGCACAAGAUUUGGUGGAUUGUCUGCUCAGUAUGCUCUUCUUGAGUAUGCAUCUGGUGCACCGGUUCAGUUCUCGUACAAGGAGCUUGAGCGCUCAACAAAGGGGUUCAAGGAGAAGCUUGGAGCUGGUGGAUUUGGUGCUGUGUACAGAGGAAUUCUUGUUAAUAAAACUGUUGUUGCAGUGAAGCAACUUGAAGGCAUUGAGCAAGGGGAGAAACAGUUUAGGAUGGAAGUUGCUACUAUAAGUAGCACUCAUCAUCUGAAUUUGGUAAGGCUUAUUGGCUUUUGCUCAGAAGGGCGCCACAGGCUUUUAGUUUAUGAGUUCAUGAAAAAUGGGUCUCUGGAUAAUUUUUUAUUCCAGACAGAAGAGCAUUCAGGAAAAUUGUUGAAUUGGGAGUAUCGGUACAACAUCGCCCUGGGCACUGCAAAAGGGAUCACAUACCUUCAUGAGGAGUGUCGUGACUGCAUAGUCCAUUGUGAUAUAAAACCUGAAAACAUUCUCUUGGAUGAGAAUUACAUUGCUAAAGUCUCUGAUUUUGGUCUUGCAAAGCUCAUUACCAAGGACCAUAGGCAUCGGACCUUGACUAGUGUGAGAGGAACUAGAGGAUACUUAGCACCAGAGUGGCUUGCAAAUCUUCAAAUAACAUCAAAAUCCGAUAUUUACAGCUAUGGCAUGGUUUUGUUGGAGAUUGUGAGUGGAAGGAGGAACUUUGAAGUCUCAGACGAAACAAAUAGGAAGAAGUUCUCAAUUUGGGCCUAUGAUGAGUUUGAGAAAGGUAAUAUCAAUGGAAUUUUGGACAAAAGACUAGCUGAUCAAGAAGUUGAUAUGGAGCAAGUGAGAAGAAUGCUUCAGGCAAGCUUUUGGUGCAUCCAAGAACUACCAUCUCAGAGACCACCAAUGAGCAGAGUGGUACAAAUGCUGGAAGGGGUUGCUGAGAUUGAGAAGCCUCCUGCCCCAAAAUCAGUGAUGGAAGGACCUGUUAGUGGAACCAGCACAUACCUGAGUAGCAAUGCCAGUGCAUUCUCCACAGUUGGAGCUUCACCCCACGGUCCCUCCUCAUCAUCAUCAUUCAAGACUAGCGGUGUUUCGACCUUCCCCUCAGGACGGAACACUGACAAGGCAACUUCAUCCCUUCUACAUGUACAAUCAGAAACAUGAUAGAAACAUGCUUCCUUGUUUAUGAUUAUCAAUAAAAAUCGGUUCACAGUCACAUAUGCUUGGGAUUUCAUGCUGGAACAGCAGAAGUAAGCUUUGCCGGUUAAAUCCCAUGUAUUAUAUGAUAACUAUAUACUCUUUGUUUCCUAUUCUUUACCCAGAUUAUUGUAUACUUGUUUAAAAUAGGAUGUUCCAAAUUUAAAGUUGAAGCAAUAAUCCGUAUUCAAUUCCCGAGUUUUUGCUUAAUGUGUAUAUUC